GUGUUUCGUCGGCACAGAGUCAGGGGAGAAUGGUUUCGCUGGACCUGUGCACCCAGUAUCGAUGUGCUUUGACCUUAAUGUAUAUUGGAUCAUGUAAAUGGAUUCUAAGUCGCCAUCUCCUCCGGCGUGGUUUUUGCCAGAGCGCCGAGGCUGCCAACGAUAGCGGUGGUCGCAUCCUGGCCGCCAUCGAUUUCGACAAGACAAUCGUCCAGCAGGACUCCUAUCUGGCAGUCAGCCAGCUGCUGCCCAGUGCCCAGCGGAGCAGGGAACUGCAAGAGCUGAUACCCCAGUGCGGUUGGCUAACCUUCAUAUCCCGCGUGCUGCAAGAGCUGCACAGCGAGCACAAGAUUGGCUCGGCAGCCGUGGGCAAGUGCGUCCGCCACAUGGAGGCGGUGCCCGGUAUGCUUCGCGUAGUGCGACGCCUGGCCACUAACCCAGCGGUCGACCUCUGCAUCGUCAGCGAUGCCAACUCAUUCUUUAUCGGCGAGUGGCUGAAGGAGUAUGCCAUCGAGGACCUCGUCGCCAGCGUUUACACAAAUCCCGCCAGCAUAGAGGCGAAUGGAGAGCUGCUGAUUCUGCCCUACGAGGAGCAAACGGAGUGCGAUCUUUGUCCGGCCAAUCUCUGCAAGGGCUCCGUCAUGCGGGAGUUGAUCCGCAGCGGCAGGUAUGACCGCGUUGUCUAUGUGGGCGACAGCUGCAACGACUUGUGUGCCAUGCAACAGCUGCGGGCGGAGGAUGUGGCCUGCAUCCGGCGAGGCUAUGAGUUGCACAAUGAGCUGGGCACCGCUGCCGGUGGUCAGGCUGGGCUGAGCUGCUCGGUGCUAACGUGGCGCGACGGCCACGAGCUGGAGGAGCGCCUGAUGGAGAAUGAGUUGGGGGCAAGGCCAGGAUAUUAAU